AGGAAGAAUUAUCUAUGGGUUGAUCCAAGUCAAGUCUCCUCGAAUUAUUAAAGUAGAUUUCAAGUCAAUGUCUUCAAUGUUUAAGCCAAUGCCAUCUCAUGUUUACUGCUUCUGUAAAGAUAGGGAGCUUGCCAUUUGAUAGGCCUGGAUAAAAAACAUAUAUGCAAAUUAAAGAGGCCAGGCCAUAUAUUUAUAGCAGCUGUAGGUCGUGUACUGAUUCACUAAUGGAGUACUUAGAGCGAGUAUUGAGGUUAUUAUUAUUGUUGAUGUCGGUUUUGGCGAAUGGGUGUUAUGGGUGUUGGGAGCAAGAGAGAACCGCUCUUUUGCAGCUCAAAGCUUCUAUCAACCAUCCAAAUGGCUCUUCCUUGCCAUCAUAGGAGGGUGAAGGAACAAUCGAUUGCUGUGAAUGGGAACGUGUUGAGUGCAAUGCUACCACACGUCGUGUCAUCAAACUUUGAGUGCAAUGCUACCACACGUCGUGUCAUCAAACUUUCACUUAAUUCUACAAGGGAGGAUGGGCUCGGAGAUUGGUAUUUAAACACUUCAGUGUUUCUUCCCUUCGAAUCGCUCUUAAGUCUAGAUUUAGUUCACAAUCAUUUACUUUGUAUUAAGAACGAAGGUUUUGAAAAGUUAUCAAGGUUGAACAAUCUACAAAUCCUUGAUUUAAGUGAAAAUUACUUUGAUAACAACAUCCUGGCAUCUUUAAAUGGACUUUCAUCCCUCAAGACUCUAAAACUACGCCAAAACUACUUGGUUGGGCUACUUUAUUUUCAAGGUUUUGGGAAACUAUCAAUGUUGAGCAAUCUACAAAUCCUUCAUUUGAGUUAUAAUAACUUCAAUAACAACAGCAUCUUGUCAUCUCUAAAUGGAUUUUCAUCCCUCAGGACUCUAAAACUACAGUCAAAUGACUUGACUAGGCUAGUUUAUAUUCAAGACUUUGAUGGUUUGAACAGCUUAAAGGAGCUAGACAUAAGUUCGAACAGCCUUGAUGGUAUCGUAAUGAGAGAAGGUUUAGAGAGACCUCCAAGUUUGAACAGCUUAGAGGUCCUUGAUUUGAGCUAUAAUCACUUCAACAAUGGCAUAUGGUCAUUUCUGCAAGGACUUCCAUCACUCAAGACACUCUAUAUAAAGGAAUAUGGAAUGUAACAAUUCCCAGUAUAGACUUACAAAACCUUACAAAUAUGGAAAACUUGUUCUUGGAUAUGACUCUUCUCAAUAAUGACUUUCUUUCAAGCAUUCAAGUGAUGACUUCACUUAAAGUAUUAUCCCUAUCACAUUGUGGACUAACCGGCACCUUACCUGUUCCAGGUAAAUCUCUCACACACACCACACGCAUUUAUAUGUUCUUUCUGUGUUGCCUGGUGAAAAUUUAAUUCUGCCAAGUU